CCAUGGGAACGAAGAUCGAGUACGUCGACUCGAGCCACAUGUACGCCACCAACUACAUCCGCAACUCGAAGGCGAUCGCCGUUCUGUGGGCGAUCUUUAGCAUUUGCUACGCGAUCAUCAGCGUCGUUGCGUUCGUCACACCAGAAUGGGUUGGCGAUGCAGAUUCCGACAUUGGCGGCCGGCUUGGUCUGUGGCAAGUGUGUCAGAAAGAUGAUCUUACCGAUAGCUGUACCGGGCGGCUAGAGGAACUGCUAGAAAUGCAAUCCAUAGCGUUUCAGGUUGCAACCGUAUUUUGUGGUUUAGCCGUUGCGACUUCCGUGCUGGCGAUCGUUUGCCUCCUGCUGAUGGUGUUCAUGAAGUCAACGACCGUGUUUCAUAUUUGUGGCUGGAUGCAGAUGCUUUCCGCUCUCUGUAUGGUGAUUGCCUGCGUUUCGUUCCCGUUUGGUUGGAAUUCGGACGAGUUCCGUAAGGUUUGCGGCCCGGAGUCGAACCGAUUUGAAGUAGGGUUGUGCAGUUUGCGCUGGGCCUAUCCAUUGGCGAUCAUUGCAUGCAUCGAUGGGUUCAUUUUGGCGACACUUUCCUUCAUACUCGCGACACGACACGUCCGCUUGCAACCGGAACCGCAAUACCAAAGCAGAGAAAUCAACAACGCGUACGUGACGGAUGUGGCCAGUAUCGCUGGCUCGCGGAAAUCGCUCAAUCUACAACCCGUGCUGCUGGUAGCUCCACCACACAUCAUAUUCUAA